AUGACAGAGGAGGAAUUUAUUGUAGAAAAACUAGGAAGUUUUCACCUCAAUGAAUCAUUUUAUGGUCCACCAUGUUCAUGGGCCUAUGUAUACGCUUCCAGUCCUGGGAAGACCAUGCUGCAGGCAACCUUGUCGAAAGAAUACCAUCACUUGGAUCAAUCGAUACAUGGGCUCAUUAGUUUGAAGGCAUCAUCACAUAUUGCAGCAUAUCCACCACUUACAGUGCAUCAGGUGGUAGAUGGGAGCCAAUUUGGUGGUUAUUGGUUUGAUUUGGGUCAUGUUGAAGCAAGCAAUCAACUAGCGAAUCUGGAUAGUUUGUAUCUUGUUCCUGGAACAAGUUUAGAUAUUAUGCUUCUUGGUGGACCGGCACCGUGGGACAAAGGUGUUGAUUAUCUUGAAGCGGUGGAAAUAUUGGGUGACAAGCAUGCUUCCAGUAAAGAUGGAAUUCGUGUGCAUCAGAUUUCUGGCACCUAUCAGAGUAUGUACAGAGUAUCAUGCCAAAGUCUGGGAACAUUUGAUUUGGUUUUCAAACGCGGGAAUUUGGUUGGAGUUGACCACCCUUUGCCUGCAAUAGCAGAAGUUGCUGUGUCUCUUUCGUGCAGUUUUCCUUCUUCAAUUGCACUGAUAGUUGAUGAACUUGUUAACAGAGACGAUGCCAUAAGGGACGCAACUCUUGCUGAUCAUAGUAGCACAGGGAAAGUCCGUACCACACCUGUUACUGUGGCAAAUGGGCAAACUAUUAGGGUGGCGGCAGUUGGCAUAGGUGUUUCUGGAGAAGCUUUUGCAAACUCUUCUUCUCUUUCUCUGAAGUGGGAGUUGAGCGGCUGUGAAGGACUGGCGUACUGGGCUGAUACGUAUGAGUUUCAGAGAUCUAAAUCCAGUUGGGAGAGAUUUUUAGUCUUGCAAAAUGAAUCAGGACAGUGUAUUGUCCGUGCCACUGUUAUUUGUCUUGAUGAUGCCCUGGGUAGUCAUUAUUUGACUCAGAUGCGAAGCCUAGAGAAUGUUCUUACAGAUGCUGUGAAGUUACAGCUUGUUUCUUCUUUGAGAGUCAAUCCAGAGUUCAACUUGUUGUACUUCAAUCCCAAUGCGAAGGUAAAUCUUUCAAUUUCUGGAGGGAGCUGUUUAUGGGAAGCUGUUGUGAAUGAUUCUCAAGUGGUAGAGGUUACUCAGCCCCCAACAGGCUUACAAUGCUUUCAGUUGGGGCUUUUUCCUAAAAUGUUGGGGACUGCACUUGUGACAGUAUAUGAUAUUGGGCUUAUUCCUCCUACUUCAGCUUCUGCCGUGGUUCAAGUGGCUGAUUUAGACUGGAUUAAGAUAGUAUCAGGAGAACAAAUAAGCCUCAUGGAAGGAGAGUCACAACCCAUAUAUCUAAUGGCUGGGAUUGAUGAUGGGAUUGCUUUUGACUCUCAUCAGGAUCCUAUAGUUGAACUUGUUGACAAGAAUGACAUGCUGAGUGCUGCCAGUGGAUGUAUUAAUGCUCCAAACUUUACAAUAAUUGCUAAAGAUAUUGGAUUCACAACUCUUUAUGUUAGUGCUAGACAGCAAUCUGGGCAUGAAGUAUUGAGUCAGACAGUAAAGAUAGAAGUAUAUGCGCCACUGAGAAUUCAUCCAGAUGAUAUUUUCCUGGUACCAGGUGCAUCUUACAUGCUCGCUAUGAAAGGGGGGCCAACAAUUGGCGUAUAUUUUCAGUAUGCUUCUAUGGAUGAUGAAAUAGCAACAGUGGACAAAUCUUCUGGACGUCUCUAUGCAAUUUCUCCUGGAAACACUACAAUCCUUUCCACGGUGUUUGGGAAUGGAGGUGUUAUGGUGUGUCAAGCGAAUGGCAGUGUUAACGUUGGAGUUCCUUCUUUGGCAAUGUUGAAUGCACAAAGCGAUCAGCUUGAUGUUGGCCAUGAGAUGCCAAUAUAUCCAUCAUUUCCUGAGGGUGAUUUGUUUUCAUUUUAUGAGCUCUGCAGAAGUUACCAGUGGACCAUAGAUGAUGAAAAGGUGUCGAGUUUUGACAUGGCAGAAAGCUUACAUGCUGAAAAGCAUUGGUACCCGUUGGAUGAUGAGCAAGAAUUUGAUUUUAUUAAAGUCUUGCAUGGAAGUAUUGUCCCUCCUUUUCUCUCUAGUCCUCCUGUUGAAAUUCUUGAUGGACCUGAGAUCUUUAGCAGCAUUGUUGAUGGAAUAGGCAAGGCAAAUAUCACAGUUACAUUCUCUUGUGAUUUCGCCUCUGCUUCAUACUCACAGUCGAGGCUUUAUGAUGCUGCUUUAUCACUAUUGGUUGUGCCUUCUCUCCCUCUUGCUCUGGGAGUUCCAAUGACAUGGGUUCUUCCUCCUCAUUAUGUUACAUUUAGCCUUUUGCCCUCAUCUCUGGAACCACAUGGUCAGACUCGUAGAGGAACGAUUAUCUAUUCGUUAUUAAGAAGUUGUGAUAAGAAUGAAAUUUGGAAAAAGGAUGCGAUUUCUAUAGACGGAGAUAGAAUAAAAACAACUGAGAGUAACAAUCUUGCAUGCAUACAAGCCAAAGAUCGAACCACUGGAAGAACCGAGAUUGCUUCUUGUGUCAGGGUCGCUGAGGUGGCUCAAAUAAGAAUAAUGAAUAGGGACCCCCCAUUCCAUGUAAUUUAUCUCGCUGUUGGUGCCGACCUCGAUCUUCCAAUAAGCUAUUUUGAUGCUUCAGGGCAUCCCUUUUAUGAAGCAUAUGAUGUCAUUUCCUAUCAUGCUGAAACCAACUAUCAUGACAUUGUCUCCAUUGGUCAUACAAGAAAUGGCAAUGGGGCUAUCCAUCUGAAGGCAUUGCGACAUGGUAGAGCUCUGGUGCGAGUAUCAAUGAACAGUAAUCCACGAAAGUUUGACUAUGUACUGAUUUUAGUUGGUGCUCACGUAUAUCCUCGAAACCCUGUCCUUCAACUUGGGAGUUCGCUUAACCUCAGUGUAAUAGGCAUUGAUGAUCAAGUUUCUGGUAGCUGGCAUAGCGCUAACGAAAGUGUCGUUUCUGUAGACAUUCAAUCUGGAAAAGCUGAAGCUUGUGGGACAGGUUCAACCCAUGUGCUAUCAGGAAAUAUUGUUUCCAUUUAUGCCCCAAAAGAGAUCCUAACAAACAUUCCUUACCCAGCAAAAGGAUAUAGCUUCCCUUUGAGCUUAAGUGAUACCUAUGACAAGCUUGAAGUUCUUGGAAACAGUAAGGGAGUAUCGUAUGACUGCAAGGUUGAUCCUCCUUUUGUGGGGUAUGCAAAGCCAUGGACGGAUCUUGAAACUGGGAAUUCCUAUUGUCUCUUCUUCCCAUAUUCACCAGAGCAUUUGGUGCAUUCUGUUCCCAGGACGAAGGUCAUGAGACCAUAUGUAUCUAUUUCUAUGAAUGUUUCACUCAGAGAAUUCAGCCAUGUCUCUGGAUCUGCAUCUGCAAUUUUUAUUGGCGGGUUUUCAAUAUUGGAAAUGGACAAGAGUUCAAUGCAACUGAACCUGACACCAGACUCUAACAAGACUAUUAUAACCAUUUUGGGAAACACAGUACCAUUCAAAGAUGCUAUCACUUCCAACCCCACCUUCCCAAGUCUAAAUGCUCACAUCUUUUCUGAGCUAUAUGAUUGCCGUCUGGUGUUCUUCUUUCUGGCUUACAUAGGCUUCUGGGGUGUUAAAAGGAGUGGUGCUGCAGUAGAUGUGUUAAGAUUUUAUGUUGAAAUCCACUGGCAUGAUCGGGAUUCAAUGAAGAUCACUCUCAUCCACAAGGAAGAUUUUGGGAUAGGCAGCUGUGCAAAAUACGAGGUCGAAGUGCUGAGAGCCAAAAGAUUGAAAGAUAGAAUCUUCAUCACUCUCCCAGCCAAUGGUCAGAGAAUGGAAAUAGAGGUUACGUAUGAACCUGGAACAACAACUGGGACAAAAACUACCUUUACAACGUUUAUUGGGCUAUUAAUAGCUGGAUGUGUGAUUCUUUGUGUAUUUUAUCUAGGUUUUUCCUUGAUUAUCUAUGAGAUAUCCAACAGAUAUAGGCCAUCUACCACCUCUGCCACUCCAAGUAUCACAGCACCAGAGACUCCUGUUCGUAGUAGUCCUGCCUUGACUGAACAGUCUCCCCGAACACCUCAGCCUUUCGUAGAUUAUGUAAGGAAAACAAUAGACGAAACUCCCCACUACAAGCGAGAAGAGCUGUGCUGGAGGGCAAAAACGACUGGUAAAGUGGGGCGAUCUGUGGUGGCCAGGGGUUUUGUGAGGGACGACAACGACUAG